GCGGUCCAGGGCGAUCAGCACCCACAGACCCUUCAAGUUUACGCACUGGCUCACCGGUCAGGCCUCCUCUUUGCAAGGACCGUGGACGCUGAAGAAUUGGAACUUAAGAAGAAGUUGAGUCUCAUCGGCGAGCAGAGUGAUCGGCGACGAGGAGGAACCAUAGGUGAUCGGCGAUGACGAUGUCGAGUGGGUGGACGAGGAGGAGCACGGCGGCGAGGCCCGUCACCCUGUGCCUGUGGCUGGCUCUCGGCGCAGCCGCCCUGAUGCUACCCCAGGCACAUGGAGAAUCAGCCGCGGAGCUGACCGAGGUCACCAACAAGGUCUUCUUCGACAUGCAGAUCGACGGCAAGCCUGAAGGCCGGAUUGUCAUUGGACUCUUUGGGAAGACUGUUCCUAAAACAGCAGAGAACUUCAGAGCAAUUUCCACAGGAGAGAAAGGACUGGGCUCGCACGGUAAACCACUCUUCUACAAGGGGUCCACAUUCCACAGGAUCAUUCCAGGAUUCAUGAUCCAGGGAGGUGAUUUCUUGAACGGCGACGGAACGGGCUGCGAUUCCAUCUAUGACGGCGAGAUUUUCCCUGAUGAGAACUUCAAGCUCGGUCACGCUGAAGCUGGUACUAUUUCCAUGGCCAAUUAUGGGAAAGAUACAAACGGAUGCCAGUUUUUCAUCACCACCGUACCAGGAAACCGGUUACCGAAGAAGUUGGACGGGAUACACGUUGUGUUUGGCAAGGUGCUUAGUGGAAUGGAUGUUGUCCACAAGAUUGAGGCUGUAGGCCAGCCGACUGGUGUCCCCAAGGCCAAAGUCGUCAUAGUUGAUUGUGGGGAGCUGCCCAAGUCUGAUGAGCUGUAGUGAUCCGAUCCAUCUUUGAUGGAAGCAUGAGUGUUAGUUUUCAGUGUGGUCUUGUUUUUUAUUUGGUCAGAGCUGGUUUGUGUUUGAGUUUGAGUAUAAUGACUUCUGUUUAUGUA